AUGGCAAUCAAGAACACCAGGAAGGGGGCCGGCCUCGCCAUCGAUUUCUUCGUCGGAGAAGAGGGCAGCCGGAUCGUCAUGGCUAACGUCAUCCGCUGGCGCUACGUCUGCACCGCCGCCGCCGACGCUCUGAAGUACCACCUCGGCUACCCCCGCGCCCCCAGCGUUCCCGGCACCCAAAAGAUCGUCAUCGACCCCCGGUUUUGCUGGCGCGGCGAGUGCUACGGGAACGACACCCUCUUGUAUGUCGAUUUUGCACUUAUGGUGGCGCCAGGCAUGACAGAGUCCGCGGCCUACCUGCCGGGCUACACCCUCGCGAUCCGGGACACGGUGCGGCUCUGCGAGACCAUCCUUCCCCCCUCCUGCCUGGAGAGGUCGUCUCGUGACGACUGCCUUGCCGAGGGGGGUAGGGCCCGCGAGUGA